UCAUACAAAUGAUACGAGAAAAAAUGUCAGAUGUCAAAUGUCCGAUGCGGACAGAGCAGCACGUGAAGAAGAUACGUCAAAACAUCGCAAUCUGGCAACCCCGCUCACGGCGGCCAUGCGUUAAAAUUGCAACGCUGUCGCAGCAGCUGUGGGCGCACAUUGCGGAUAGCUUGUUUAUUUAUUAUUUUUUUUUAUUUUUAAUUUCGUCCACGCGGAAGCGUCUCGUCGAGCUCCUUGAAUCGAAUUUCCGAGUGCAUCGAUCCGCGUCCGCGACGCGACAUGGCUACGAUCGACUUUCGACACUUGUCGGUACUAAUUACGUUGUUCGCCGCAGCAUUAACCUCAUCUGUCAACGCUGGACGAGAUGGUGCAGCCUCUGCGCCGCCGAUUCCCACUUCGUUUCCCUCGCCAAAAUUAUCGUCGCCGAUCGUCGAGCACUCGUCUGAUGUGAUCGACAACAAGAAAAUUCACGCAUCGGGCCUGGCCGAAGGAGGACCUAUAUUGAUAUCUCCAAUUCAAAAUGCAAACAUUGAAAGUACCGCUGCUGAAUCCAGAGAAGAGAAAAACAACAGUUCUUCUCUUCUUUCUUCAGAGACAAAGAAAAUAAAGGCAAGGAAAGGUGUGGAUCAGAACCAGGAUCCACAGAUGGCAAAUAUAUUGCUUAACCAGACCACUUUAGAGGAUAUAAGACCUGUGAUGGAAAUUGCAGAGACUGCUCGUGUCAAUAAUCAAUCUGAAGCUUCCACAUUUAUUCCGAAAUUAAAUGUUACCAAUUUGCAUAUCAACAAUAGCUUAGAUGCCGGUGCAAAUUUCAGUUAUUCCAGCACAAGUUCCAUAUCAAAUAUAACUACAGUUCACACGAAGACUACGAAUUAUACAACAACGUCUAAGGCUUCGCAUACUGAGAAACAUGUACCGAAACCAAAACCAACUGUGACGACAGUUGACGGGCCAGAUCCGAGUGAAUCCAGACUGUCUUCGCGAAAGAAGAACCCUCCACUGGGCAUGCCAAGAAAAAUCGACUAUAUUAUUCCGGUCAUUAUAACGAUCGUUGCUUUGCCAAUACUGGGUGCUGCUAUUUUUGUAUUGUACAGACGCGGUCGAGACUGCUGGGAUAAGAGGCACUAUCGAAGAAUGGAUUUUCUGAUUGACGGAAUGUACAAUGAUUAAGACUCGUGCGAGAAAAUUCGCCCAUUCGCACGAUUAAAUGGAUGUGUAGUUAAGCAAUAGGAAAUCCAUUCAUUAAUUUCCAAAUUCUUCCACAAAUGUAAAUUUGUACAUAUUCUCUCGAGACAACCAACUAAUGACAUUUAUACGGCAUUGAUUCCUUAUAUAAUAAUGUCCAAACGAUAUUAUCUAUUAUUCGAAUAUAUUAAAGGGCUUCAUCUUUUAUUAUGCCACUAUCAAUAUGAAAAGAUAUGUCAUAAGUGCUAUUUAUAUAAUAUUAUAAUAAUGUCUGAACUUGUUGCUAAGGUCCAAAUUUGCUAUGGAGUUUCUUUAUCAUAUUGCCUUAAUAGUGAGAUAAUGAAAAUUUUAUAAUUUAUUACACAAUCAACGAUACGUUGAUUAUUUUUGAGAUUAUAUAUAUUGAAAAACAAAGACAUUUUUGUCGAAGACGUUGGAACAACGGUUUUAAAAAUAUUUUAUAGCAUU